GGUAAUUGCUAUGUGAGGGUUGUACAUCUCCUUAGAGCUUGACGUGGCACUAGUUUUUGGUCCUCCUCCUUUCACUUACAGAUACAGGGAUCACAGCCACUUCUGCCAGGUGCUAAAAGUCAGGUUAGAUAAAACAUCUGUUCCUUGUUAUGAAAAUUCUGUGAACAUGAGUCAGCAAGGUUAUGUUGCAACUUCUUAUUCUCAGCCUCAGCCAGGAAUUGGAGGUUAUCCUACAGCUUAUGGACCAACCUCUACUCAGCCAUUCUAUGGUCACUACAGUGGAACAGUUCAGCAGUUCUCUGCAGCCCCAGGCCCUUUGAAACCAGCUCCCCCUUCUGGACCUUUGUCGACUGCUGGAUCACAGUCAUCUGGACCCCCUCCACUUAUACAGAGUAACAUUCAUAAUGGGCACAGUAGUCCGGAAAAUACAGCACAAAGGUUCCAGGGUCCUGUAGCUGUCAAUGGUCCAGGAACUUCAUACCCACCCUAUGGACAGCCACCUUAUCCAAGUCCUGCAUCUUCAGCACCAACACAGCAACUUACAAAUCAGAUGGGCUCUCUGCAUUUAAGUGGCUAUGCUCCUGGCACUGCUCAGAAUCAUCACAUGCCUCCAAGUGCAGUACCUCAAGCACCUUUUCCAACAUCUCCUACACAGCAUUUACCUCCUCCUUCUCUCAGCACAGGGGCACAGAGACCCCCACCACCAGCAGCUGUGCCUACUGCCAUGAGUGCUCUUCCUACUUCACCUUCAUUGGUUAUGCAGGGAGGACAUCCGGGAUACAGUCCUCAAAGUGCAGGCUUUCCUCAACAGCUUCCAGGCCAGCCACCCAUUGCAGGAUACCAUCCACCACAACAAAAUGCUCUAUCCGGACCCCAGUUGGCAUAUCCUGGAAGUUUACCAGGGAGUUCGCAACAAAUGAGUGCUCAGCAGAAGAGACUUGACCCUGACUCCAUUCCUAGUCCUAUCCAUGUAAUUGAGGAUGACAGAAGUCGCAGAGCAGGACAAGUAUACCCAACUAAUAUCAGAGGACAAGUCCCUCCCCUUGUUACCACAGAUUGUGUGAUUCAGGACCAAGGCAAUGCCAGUCCUCGGUUAAUUCGCUGCACAAGUUAUUGCUUUCCAAGUACUUCAGAUAUGGCAAAACAAGCACGUAUUCCUUUAGCAGCAGUAAUUAAGCCAUUUGCUGUAAUCCCUCCAAAUGAGACACCUCUUUAUCUUGUGAACCAUGGUGAGGAUGGACCUGUCAGAUGCAACCGAUGCAAGGCAUAUAUGUGCCCAUAUAUGCAGUUUAUUGAAGGUGGGCGGAAGUAUCAGUGUGGCUUCUGUAACUGUAUUAACGAAGUUCCUCAGUUCUAUUUUCAACAUCUAGACCACAUUGGUAGAAGACUAGAUUAUUAUGAAAGGCCAGAACUCUCUUUAGGAUCGUAUGAAUUUGCUGCAACUUUGGACUACUGUAAGAAUAACAAGCUUCCAAACCCUCCUGCCUUCAUCUUUAUGAUAGACGUAUCCUUCACUAAUAUAAAGAAUGGUCUGGUGAAACUUAUAUGUGAUGAACUGAAGACCUUACUGGAAAAACUUCCAAGAGGAGAGCAAACAGAAGGAGAAAACUCAGGCAUCCGAGUCGGAUUUGUGACAUACAACAAAGUUCUUCAUUUCUACAAUGUGAAGAGUAACCUGGCACAGCCCCAGAUGAUGGUGGUUUCUGAUGUUGGAGAGAUGUUUGUUCCACUACUGGAUGGCUUCCUUGUAAACUUUCAGGACUCUCGAUCAGUUAUUAAUAACCUAUUAGACCAGAUUCCAGAGAUGUUUGCAGAUACCAGUGAGAGUGAGACUGUAUUUGCUCCUGUUAUCCAGGCUGGCAUGGAAGCUUUGAAGGCAGCAGAAUGUGCAGGGAAGCUAUUCAUCUUUCAUUCAUCCUUUCCUACUGCUGAAGCACCUGGCAAACUGAAGAACAGAGAUGACCGAAAACUAGUGAAUACAGACAAAGAGAAGACCUUGUUCCUGCCUCAGAGUGGAAUUUAUGAAACCUUGGCCAAAGAAUGUGUUGCUAACAGCUGCUGUGUGGAUCUGUUCCUUUUCCCCAACCAGUACAUAGAUGUAGCAACCGUGGGACUUGUGUCAUUGCAUACUGGAGGAACUCUCUACAAGUACAGUAAUUUUCAGAUACAUUCUGAUGGAGAACACUUCCUCAGUGAUUUAAGAAGAGAUGUGCAAAAACGAAUAGGGUUUGAUUCCAUCAUGAGGGUCCGAACAAGUACUGGCUUCAGAGCUACUGAUUUCUUUGGAGCCAUUUACAUGAACAAUACUACAGAUAUAGAGAUGGCAGCUGUCGACUGCGACAAAGCACUGACAGUGGAAUUCAAACAUGAUGACAAACUUAAUGAAGAUUCUGGGGCCUUGAUACAGUGUGCUUUGCUUUAUACCACAGUCUGUGGACAAAGACGCAUUCGCAUAAUUAAUACUGGACUAAACUGUAGCACCCAACUAAGUGACCUCUUCAAGAGCUGUGAAACAGAUGCUCUUAUAAACUUUUUUGCAAAAUCAGCAUACAAAGCUAUCCUAAGCCAACCAUUGAAGACAGUUCGAGACAUUCUAAUAAGUCAGACUGCUCAUAUAUUAGCAUGCUACAGAAAACACUGUGCCAGUCCCUCUGCUGCCAGUCAGCUUAUUCUCCCUGAUUCAAUGAAGGUUUUGCCAGUCUAUAUGAAUUGUCUGUUGAAGAGCUUUGUUCUUGUUGGAAGCACAGAACUCUCAACCGAUGAGCGAGCAUACCAGAGACAGAUGGUUAUGUCUAUGGAUGUUUCUGAUUCUCAGUCCUUCUUCUACCCUCAGCUUUUGCCUAUUCAUAAUAUGGAUACAAACAGCGAAACAGUGCCCUCUGCUGUCCGUUGUUCUGAAGAGCGGUUAGCUGAUACUGGAAUUUUCUUGCUGGAGAAUGGACUAAAUUUGUUUCUCUGGCUGGGAAUGAACUCUCCCCCAGAACUCAUUCAGGGUAUCUUUAAUGUACCAUCUUUCACACAUGUCAAUACAGAUGCAACAUUACUUCCUGAGCUGGACAAUCCUUAUGCAAAGAAACUUAAGUCGAUAUUGGAUGGUAUAAGAUGUCAGAGGCCUCGCUCAUUGAAGCUGAUGAUCGUGAAACAGAAGGAAAAGUCUGAGAUGAUAUUCAGGCAGUCCCUGAUGGAAGACAAAGGCUUGUAUGGUGGAGCUUCCUACAUGGAUUUCCUUUGUUGCGUUCAUAAAGAGAUUCGACAGCUUCUUAGUUAAUUUUUAAGCAAUUCUUCACUAUGUGCCUUACAGCAAAAAGAAGUUUCUAACUUCUUUGCCUGCUCACAACUUAAUGUUUACCAAAAACUUUCAGAGUUUCUAUUUUACCUCAGUAAUUCCUGCCUCCAAAUAGAAGGAAACUUUACAACUGUUUGGAGGACAGUACCAUACUAAGUAAAAGGGAACUUUUUUUCAUUGCACAAGUGUAAAUGUCUUUUCUUAACCAGAUUGACAGAUACAUUCCAUCUUUCUACUUUUAUCAUUGUAAUUACUUAAAUUGUAAUUUGUAAACAAAGCAAUACUGUCUGAUACUUGAGUAAUGUAUCACCGAAUCCAGUAGAGUUGUCAUUUGAUGUCUGUCUUUCAGGAUGAUCCUAGCUCUUGUAGUGGUAAUCUUUGUAAAAUAUGUCUCUGUCUGAUGACAUCUGUUAAAUGUUAGUGCAGCAUUAUCACACUGAUGCUCAUAAAGGUCACACACACAGAUUUUGCAUUAUUACCUGACAAGUAUGGCGCACUGUUUAAAGAGGACUGAGUAAUACAAACAUUCUUCUUCCUGGAGUUGCAUUAACACCAUUCCCACAUUUAUAUGACUUUUUUGCUCUUUGUUAAACUUGACUGAGUACAUCUGACUUCAGGAACUGCUAUUGUGUAUUUCCAAUUAUCUGAGCAUUUUGUGGCACUAACAGGAUAAUUCUGGACUGUUUAUGUUCGGUGAAGUGGUAUUAGUGGUGUGAAAGAAUUGAUGUGAAAAAGAUUUCAAAUAUAAUAAUAUGGAGAGAGAAGUUGCAUUUGAAAAUAUCAGAGGGCACCUCCAAGCUUGAUGAUUUUAUUUCUUAGUACACACAGAGGAUCUGAAUGGAAUACCACUGCAGAAAAGACUGUCAGCAUUCUGUUAAACCUGCAAAAUGAAUCCCUUCCUGCUUACGUAUGAGUGGAUUAACUACAUCCAGAUUAGGUGUCAUUGCUUCCACUAGGAAGUUUCUGAAAUGGCAUGGUAUUAAUAUUUUAUAUUUGUAAAUUACUUCCGUGUAACAAGACAGGAUUUGUCAACUUGUGAGCUCCCCCAAGAAAGUUUCUUCUUUAUAAUUUUUCAGUUUUGUAUGAAACUUUAUUAUGUGCAUACUUGGGGUAUGAGUAAGACAGCUUCUUCAAAAUUAAGCUAUGGAUUAGUUUCAUGUUGCUUUCUUCAUGAGUAGUUCAUGUUUUUGAGGCCUUGAUGAAUCACGUCAUUAAGAAUUAUCAUUUAAGACUGCUACCAUUCACUUUUUGUUUUUAAUUAUUUAUUUACUGAAGAGAUAAUCCUUUUAUUUUAGACUGUUGCCUCUGAUAAGGAGUUGUACUUAGCAAAUCGGUAUAAAUAAUUUCAACUUGCUGGUAUGUGCUUAUUUAACAUGUAGUAGAGUUGCCAGAAUAUAGCAGUGAGAUGUGAAUGAUUUUUCCUCAUACAACCUUCUAUGGGCGAUUUUAUGUUGCACAUUGUGCAGAUCUGAUGAAGUUCAUUUAUCAUGGAUUACCCCUAACAUUAUUUGAGGAUUUGCAGUCACUGAGCCUCAUGUACCAAAGAAUAAGUAAUAAACAUAAUUUUAAAAGUGA